UUUCAAGACCUUGUUUGAGAACUUCACAUUUUACAAACUACACGGACAUAAAACUAAGUCAUGAAUAAAUAAAGAGCGAAAUGCCUGUCGCCUACUUUCGUGUAAAUGUGUACGUUACAGAGUUAACCGGUUACGCUGCGCAUGCGCGACAGACUAGAUUAUUGGCGACUUGCCAGGUGUUACCUCAGCGUUCCAGUUGGUGCCCUUCAAAACAAGAGCUCAACAUUGAGCAUUAUUGAGAGUGGCCGUAUCAAGCCUGCAACCCCGUUUUAAAAAGAGGUGAAGUGGAAAGCCCAUUUUAUCACACAGAGUAAAACGUAAUGACUCAAACAUAUCUGCACUUGUUUUGUUUUUCAAAGGUUGCGCGUUUUUGUUAUUUUGAAAAUAUAUGCAGUGUAACUAACACUCAGUAAAACUCUUUAUGCCCACAUUCUUGAUCUUAUUUGGUUUAAUUUGUCACAGGUUGCACUUUAUUGAUAUUAUCUUGAAAAGGUAUUCAGUGCAAAACAGGUUAAUUGCAACCACAAUAAGCUAAAUGUGAAGUGUGUUGAACGGUAACAUAUGUCAUUAACAGUGAAAAACCUGUAGAUGUGACAAACUAUUGUGUUUCUGAAAAUAUCUAGUAAAAGAUAAGGGCAAAAUUAAUUAGUUUGUAAGUGUAAUGAUAACAGACCACUUUGCAUUACUUAUAACUCCUGUUUAAAAUGUUCAUUAAGCAAUGUUAUGUAACUCAUAGAAAUGUAAGGUAUUCUAUAUACAGCGUUUUCAUUGUUAUCUGACUGAAUGAAAGGCAGACUUGGUUCUAUUAUAUGUGGUUACAUUGUCAUUUAAAAAAUAAAAGUAAUUGUGACAGUUAAAAUACAUUGUUUUAUAACAGUCUAUAUUCAUGUAACUUUUGUGGUUUAAAAAAAUGUUUAAAUGAACUAUUGGCCCUCGGGCAUCUUGACUUUAUCACAAUUGGCCCUCAUUGCAAAAAGUUUGGACACCCCUGCCUUAUGGUAUUUAAAUCACAAUACACAAAUGCAAAAUCAACUCUUAGGUUAUACUCAUUUUUAUGUGGGCUCUCUCUUUCACUCACUGCAGCUAUUCUGGGAUCUCAACUCGACACCUGUCUUCCUCUUCCUGUCCACAGUUUACCACUUAGGGUCAUAAACAGAGGCCUGAAGCAUUAUUACUAUGCAGUAGCAGUGAGCAUGUGAUCAAGUUUCCUUAAUAGGAUGUCGUGUCACUUCUUGUUGAAGAUUUUUCUCAUUCAGCACGAGAAUUUGAACACGAUGACGUCUCCAAAGUGCGUCUUCUACCUGACAUGUUUGUUCUUGGGGGAAAUGGGUCUCUCACCAUGUGAAUCUUUUCAUGAGCCAAACUUCACUCUUUGAAGCUCUCAGAUUUCCUUGGUAGGACGUACAGCACCGUGUCACAUGAGGGCGGCCAAUCAAACACAGUCUUGUCUCUGAAGAGUGAAGAAAGUAAGAUUCUCUUCAUUCAACACGGGAAUUUGAACACGAUGACAUCUCCAACGAUUGCCUCCUUUGUGACGUGGUUGUUCUUGUGUAAAAUGACUCAUGCAACUGAUCUGACGUCGUCCUCAACUGUGCGUCAAGAGAGAAGUUUUGUAUCAGCUAAUGUUGGAGAAAACAUUACUUUACGAUGUUUCAAUAACAAUAGUAAUGGAGUAUGGCUUCACUGGUACAAGCAAAUACUGGGACAGAAACCAACGCUGAUCUCCUCCUUUUAUACUUUUAGUAAAAAAGUCACAUUUUAUCAGGAAUUCAACAACAGUUCACGCUUCACACUGGAUACUGAAAAUGGUCAAAAUCACUUGACAGUUUUUGAUGUGGACAUUUCAGACUCAGCUACUUACUACUGCGCAGGUAGCUCUACAUUUGAAAUGACUUUUGCCGAGAGCAUUGUUGUCAGUGUCCGGGGUUCAGGUGUGAGCGUCCCAGUGUUGGUCCAUCAGUCAGCGUCUGAGACCAUCCAGCCAGGAGGCUCUGUGACUCUGAGCUGUACAGUUCACACUGGGACCUGUGAUGGGGAACACAGUGUCUACUGGUUCAAGGACUCUGAAGAGUCUCAUCCAGGACUCAUUUACACCCACGGAGGCCGGAAUGAUCAGUGUGAGAGGAAAGCCAGCACACAGAAGACACACACCUGUGUCUACAACCUGCCGAUGAAGAGCCUGAAUCGGUCUGACGCUGGGACCUACUACUGUGCUGUUGCCUCGUGUGGACACAUGCUGUUUGGAGACGGGACCAAGCUGGACUUUAAGGGUGAGGGGGACUCUCUUCUCCUGGUGUAUUUCUUGAGUGGAGCUUUGCUAUUCGCCACCAUCCUGAUCGUGUUACUGGGUUUUUCAAUCUACAAGGUGAACAAGAAAACCAGCUGUCACUAUUCAGAGGCUCAUGCAAGAUUAUCAGCUGCCCCCACCGCAAAUACAGAGGGUCAACAACACAAAGAAAUCCUCUAUUAUGCGGCUUUAGGUGUCCACCUGCAGAACGGGUCAAGAAGACCGAAGGAUCCGACCUGGAGUGAAUGUGUGUACUACAGCGUGAAGCAUACGAUCCUCGUGUCCCGUCGGCGCCCCGGCCGGCGCCUGCUCCCUAUGUCUCUUCGGCACCCCAGCCACCCCUUCUUCCCGCGUCCCGUCACCGCCCCGUCAGCGUCUGAGACCAUCCAGCCAGGAGGCUCUGUGACUCUGAGCUGUACAGUUCACACUGGGACCUGUGAUGGGGAACACAGUGUCUACUGGUUCAAGGACUCUGAAGAGUCUCAUCCAGGACUCAUUUACACCCACGGAGGCCGGAAUGAUCAGUGUGAGAGGAAAGCCAGCACACAGAAGACACACACCUGUGUCUACAACCUGCCGAUGUCUGACGCUGGGACCGACUACUGUGCUGUUGCCUCGUGUGGACACAUGCUGUUUGGAGACGGGACCAAGCUGGACUUUGAGGCCAAACUUCACUCUUUGAAGCUCUCAGAUUUCCUUGGUAGGACGUACAGCACCGUGUCACAUGAGGGCGGCCAAUCAAACACAGUCUUGUCUCUGAAGAGUGAAGAAAGUAAGAUUCUCUUCAUUCAACACGAGAAUUUGAACACGAUGACAUCUCCAACGAUUGCCUCCUUUGUGACGUGGUUGUUCUUGUGUAAAAUGACUCAUGCAACUGAUCUGACGUCGUCCUCAACUGUGCGUCAAGAGAGAAGUUUUGUAUCAGCUAAUGUUGGAGAAAACAUUACUUUACGAUGUUUCUACAGGAAGAGUAAUGGAGUAUGGCUUCACUGGUACAAGCAAAUACUGGGACAGAAACCAACGCUGAUCUCCUCCUUUUAUGAGUAUAGUCCAAAAGUCACAUUUCAUCAGGAAUUCAACAACAGUUCACGCUUCACACUGGAUACUGAAAAUGGUCAAAAUCACUUGACAGUUUUUGAUGUGGACAUUUCAGACUCAGCUACUUACUACUGCGCAGGUAGCUCUACAUUUGAAAUGACUUUUGCCGAAGGCAUUGUUGUCAGUGUCCGGGGUUCAGGUGUGAGCGUCCCAGUGUUGGUCCAUCAGUCAGCGUCUGAGACCAUCCAGCCAGGAGGCUCUGUGACUCUGAACUGUACAGUUCACACUGGGACCUGUGAUGGUGAACACAGUGUCUACUGGUUCAAGGACUCUGAAGAGUCUCAUCCAGGACUCAUUUACACCCACGGAGGCCGGAAUGAUCAGUGUGAGAGGAAAGCCAGCACACAGAAGACACACACCUGUGUCUACAACCUGCCGAUGAAGAGCCUGAAUCGGUCUGACGCUGGGACCUACUACUGUGCUGUUGCCUCGUGUGGACACAUGCUGUUUGGAGACGGGACCAAGCUGGACUUUGAGGGUGAGGGGGACUCUCUUCUCCUGGUGUAUUUCUUGAGUGGAGCUUUGCUAUUCGCCACCAUCCUGAUCGUGUUACUGGGUUUUUCAAUCUACAAGGUGAACAAGAAAACCAGCUGUCACUAUUCAGAGGCUCAUGCAAGAUUAUCAGCUGCCCCCACCGCAAAUACAGAGGGUUACCAAAGCGCAGACAACCCCCACUAUGCUGCUUUCAGUUUCAACCGGCCCAACGAAACAAGGAGACAGAGGAACAACGCCAGUGUCGAGUGUGUGUACUCCAGCGUAAAGAACUAACCGGACAUGUUAUAACAAAACUGGAUUUGUUGGUAUUUUAAAUGUAAUAUAAAAGUACAUUUUGAGAUGUAAUUAUCUAACUUCCUUGUGCGUCCCAGUAUUAUUAGAAGUUAUGUUCAUAUUUAUACCUCACGAUUUACAACUGAUGUUCGGUGCCGAUGCAGGAAGCGUGCCCUUUAGCUAGGCGGUAAAUAUGGCGAGCAAUUUGGAAGUGUGUGCUUUUGAAUGUCCAAUAUAUGUCCUGAGUAAUCAAAUAAAGCUAAUAUGUGUACGUGA